CGGGAGUUGUCAUUUCAGUUGUGCAAAUUGAUUGUAACUACCGGGGAAUGGCGGCUAAUCCCUGGGAUCCGGUCCAGACUACGGCAGCGGCGCUACUGAUAGAGAAGUGUCUGGGGGCCGGAGUCCUGUCACAGAAAGUCCUAGACCAGACAUGGAAAGAGACCCCGUGUUUUAGUCAUGUAGAAGAGCUGGAGAAGAUCUCUGCGCUGAAGACUGAAAUCAACCAGAAGAGCUUGGAAUUAGAAAUGCUGAGACUUGAGAAGGAGACGGCAGAUGUCGCCCAUUCUUUUUUCCUCAAUCAGAAAUAUGAGGCCCUGCAAGCAAUAAACAGCCACCUGGAGGCGGUACUGAGAGAGAAGCGCAGUCUCCGGCAGAGACUGAUUAAACCAUUGUGCCAGGAAAAUUUACCUAUAGAGGCUUCUUACCACAGGUUUGUCUCUGAACUCUUACCACUUGCUGUUCAUUUCAUUGAGAAGCUGGAAAUCUACAUCCAAAACAUCUGUGCGAUACCCCAGAUACCAGAACGUGCAAAAAGUAUGGAUGACGCUUUAGUCAGAAUGGAGGCUCUCGAGGCAGAUCUAGAGCAGAUGACUGAGCAGAUCUUGACGUGGCGAGAAAAACAAAAUAAACUUCUCCAGGUCAACCCAGAAGAAAGUUCCAGCAGUAUCAAAGAAUCCACUUCUUACCUGUCCAUUGAAAACCGCUAGUACUCGAGCAGUUUGUCCGCGAUGUUGCAUCCCUCUGGCAGUAGCUUAAAGGGGUAUUCCAGGAAAAUACUUUAUUUUUUUUU